AUGUCUGACGGUAAGCGUCUUUCAACUCUUCCCACUGACCUGACGCUGAUCACUCCUCCAGCUGAUAUCGAAGCUGUCCGGCGGCUCCAAGCUGAGCGCAAUGCCGCUGCUGCUGCCAAAAAAGGUUCUAGGACCUUUGACUCAUCUAGUCAGCGCACUGACAACUCGACCAAGGCCUCCCUGACUGAAUCCUUCGACACGACUUUGUACGAUCGGAACGGACCUGACAAGUUCGCUGGCUACGAUACAUCGAUUGCAGUGAACGGCGAUGAUGAUGAAGAUAUGGAAGAUGCGAAUGGCGGCCAUCGCUUGGUCGGCCAGUACACCGCAACCAGAAGCCAGAUCGAUGAGAUGGCGCAUGGAAACGGAGUGGAGGAAGAGGACAUCUUACUAGGCCGUGAGAAGGCUGCUCGUAUCUCUGAUCGAGAAUCUGACUACCAGAAGCGUCGAUUCAACCGCGGUCCUCUCACACCCACGCGCGCCGACGCCUUCGCUGCCAACGCCGACGCGAAUAUGGAGGAGGGAGAUGGCCAGACAUACCGAGAGGUCAUGGCCCUUCGUGAACUCGAGAAAGAAGAGGAGCGUGUUAAGAAGCUGAUCGCUGAGAAGCGAGAGCAGGGCGAAGAUGUUGCAGUUCCGGAACACCAGGCUACACUGAAGAUUACGGAAGGUGACCAGGAGAUGGCCGACACUGGUGCUACCGCUGAAGCAGCCGGCAGGAAGCGAAAGAAGCGUUGGGACGUCGGCGGGGACGAAAAUGGAACCUCUGAAGAGGCCAAGCCCGCGGAAACGAAGACAAAGCGAUCCCGAUGGGACGAAACACCCGCCCCAGAAGUGUCUGAGGAGCCCAAGCGCCGAUCAAGAUGGGAUCUAGCACCUGCAGCUACUCCUGUUGGCAACCAAGGCCUUGCCACUCCUAUGCACCCGUCUCAAGGAGGUGCGGCCGGGGCACCCGGUUUCGGAACCGACGUGGCUGUCCGACCUGGAGAUUGGACUGAUGAGGAACUCGAUAUGAUGCUGCCAUCUGAAGGCUACAAAAUUUUGGAGCCUCCCCCAGGAUACGCCCCAAUCCGAAACCCUGCACGCAAAAUGAUGGCGACUCCGGCGCCUUUGGCUGGUGCAGCUGGUGUUGGUGGAUUCAUGAUGCAAGAACCUGAGAGCGUCCGGUCUAUGGGCAAGGAGCUUCCCACUGAUAUUCCUGGUGUUGGCGAUUUGCAAUUCUUCAAGCCAGAGGAUAUGGCUUACUUUGGAAAGCUCAUGGAGGCAGGAGACGACAGUACCAUGACUGUCGAGGAAAUGAAAGAGCGCAAGAUUAUGAGGUUGCUGCUCAAGGUCAAGAACGGCACACCUCCUAUGCGAAAGACAGCGCUGCGCCAGCUUACGGACAAUGCGCGGAACUUUGGAGCCGGUGCCCUUUUCAACCAGAUUCUUCCUUUGCUCAUGGAGAAGUCUUUGGAGGACCAAGAACGUCACUUGCUGGUCAAGGUCAUUGAUCGAGUCCUCUAUAAGCUGGACGACUUGGUUCGUCCUUACGUCCACAAAAUUUUGGUCGUUAUUGAGCCAUUGCUCAUUGACCAAGACUACUAUGCUCGUGUUGAAGGUCGGGAAAUCAUCUCGAACCUGUCCAAGGCUGCUGGUCUCGCCACCAUGAUCAGUACCAUGCGUCCCGAUAUCGAUCACGUCGACGAGUAUGUACGAAACACCACGGCGCGAGCGUUCGCGGUCGUGGCAUCUGCCCUGGGUAUCCCAGCCCUUCUCCCAUUCCUUCGCGCUGUCUGCCGCAGUAAGAAGUCCUGGCAGGCUCGUCACACCGGUGUGAAGAUUGUUCAACAAAUCCCCAUUUUGAUGGGUUGCGCCAUUCUUCCCCAUCUCAAGGGUCUUGUCGACUGCAUCGCAGACAAUCUUAGUGAUGAACAGGCCAAGGUUCGAACUGUCACUGCUUUGGCCGUGGCUGCUUUGGCUGAGGCUGCCAACCCCUACGGUAUCGAAAGCUUUGAUGAGAUCCUGAACCCGCUCUGGACCGGUGCCCGCAAGCAACGUGGCAAGGGUCUUGCCGCCUUCCUGAAGGCCGUUGGCUACAUCAUUCCACUCAUGGACGAGGAGUAUGCCAACUAUUACACCAGUCAAAUCAUGGAGAUUCUUCUUCGAGAAUUCUCGUCCCCGGAUGAGGAAAUGAAGAAGGUAGUUCUAAAGGUGGUCUCCCAGUGCUCUAGCACGGAUGGCGUGACUGCCAACUAUCUCAAGGAACAUGUCUUGACCGAUUUCUUCAAGAGUUUCUGGGUCCGGCGCAUGGCAUUAGAUCGACGAAACUACCGCCAGGUCGUCGACACGACCGUUGAUCUCGGUCAAAAAGUCGGCGUUGGCGAGAUCCUCGAGCGCGUCGUUAACAAUCUGAAAGACGAGAGUGAGCCGUACCGCAAAAUGACUGUCGAAACGAUCGAGAAGCUGGUUGCUUCUCUCGGCGCUGCCGAUAUUUCAGAGCGGUUGGAGGAACGACUGAUUGACGGCGUACUGUUUGCUUUCCAGGAACAAAGCAUCGAAGACAUUGUCAUCCUGAACGGCUUUGGUACUGUGGUUAAUGCCCUCAGCACUCGAUGCAAGCCAUACCUCCCGCAGAUCGUCUCCACCAUUCUCUGGCGGCUGAACAACAAGUCUGCCACUGUUCGUCAACAGGCAGCGGACCUAAUCUCUCGCAUUGCAAUGGUCAUGAAGCAAUGUGGCGAGGACGCUCUCAUGGGCAAAUUGGGUAUUGUACUCUACGAAUACUUGGGUGAAGAAUAUCCCGAAGUGUUGGGUUCGAUCUUGGGCGCCCUGCGGUCCAUCGUGACUGUGGUCGGCAUCAACCAGAUGCAGCCACCCAUCCGUGAUCUUUUGCCCCGUCUCACGCCUAUUCUGCGUAACCGUCACGAGAAGGUGCAGGAGAACACCAUCGACCUUGUCGGUCGUAUCGCAGACCGCGGUCCCGAGUCGGUCAAUGCCCGUGAGUGGAUGCGUAUCUGUUUUGAGCUGCUUGAUAUGCUCAAGGCCCAUAAGAAGGGCAUUCGGCGUGCGGCCAACAACACAUUCGGUUUCAUUGCCAAGGCCAUCGGUCCUCAGGAUGUCCUAGCCACCCUCUUGAACAACUUGCGUGUCCAGGAACGUCAGUCGCGUGUUUGCACGGCUGUCGCUAUUGGUAUCGUCGCUGAAACUUGUGCUCCCUUCACUGUGCUGCCAGCCUUGAUGAACGAAUACCGCGUUCCCGAGCUCAACGUGCAGAACGGUGUUCUCAAGGCCAUGUCUUUCCUGUUUGAAUACAUCGGCGAGAUGGCCAAGGAUUACGUUUACGCCGUCACUCCUUUGCUCGAGGAUGCUCUCAUCGACCGCGAUCAGGUUCACCGACAGACCGCAGCUAGCGUGGUUAAGCAUAUUGCGCUCGGCGUUGUCGGUCUGGGCUGCGAGGAUGCCAUGGUCCAUCUCCUUAACCUGGUGUUCCCCAACAUCUUCGAAACUAGCCCUCACGUCAUUGAUCGGAUCAUCGAAGCCAUCGACGCUAUUCGUAUGGCCGUUGGAACGGGCACUGUCAUGAACUACGUCUGGGCGGGCCUGUUCCACCCAGCCCGUAAGGUGCGCACACCUUACUGGCGCCUGUACAACGACGCCUAUGUCCAGGGUGCGGACGCGAUGGUACCUUACUAUCCGGACCUGAAGGCCGAUGGGCUGGACCGUUCAGAGCUUGAUAUCAUCGUUUAG